GCACAUGUUGCGUGUGGCUGUUGUAGUGCAGAGAGUUCAGUAUUCAGUGAGUGAGGCUGCUGUUAGCGGUUGUUGGAUCCGUUAAUGUAGGUCUAUGUAGGUGAUUGGUGGUACGUAAGCCAUCUCACUAGUAUUCCAUUGGGGAGGAAACAGAUUUUUUCCUCGUGAACUCUGGACGAUAGUGACAGUUCCCAUACAACUGAAAUCAUCGUCUGUUCUUGUGGAAUGUCCGACUGUUUAUUGAAGAUGUUCUAUACGCGCUAUGAAUUGUUUUAUGAGCUGAUAGGUGGCCUGUAUGUUUGUGUCAGUGGUGUAUGUGCAUUUGCAUCUGAAAUGAGUGACUACAGCCGUUGAAUGUGCAAGGGUGCAACGCUAAAUUUGCCAUUGGAGGAUCACAACUAUUAAAAGAAGUUUGUGCCACCUGUCGGGUUGUGUAUGUGGUGUAUGUACGUGGGACGGCCGUUUUGGCCGGUGGAUCUCUGAAGCGUAGUGGUCUGACGCAAGUCGUCGAGCUUAGAUUGGUGAUCAUGCGCAGCGACACUAUGUUGCCUCAGUAAGAAGUUCACAAGACGUGACUUCCUUCAUUUGCCCUUAAGUCAUGACUACCUGGACCCCCAGUCUCAUUUCUGGAAUGAUAAAGAAAUGAGUUGAAUCAUACAGAAGGGUCAUUUUGCCCUGCUGUACUCAGUGAUGAUGGAUGUUGAUAAUUGUGAUAAUUCAAUGAUGUGACUGCUGAAGCGAUAUGAACACUUUGACAUUGGUCCCAGAGAAAGUAGGUGGGUUGCUUGGAGCAGUGGUUCAUCAGUGCCUGUCUACUCUGUGUCCCAGGAAAGCCCGUCGGAAAGACAAAGAACCAUCAACCCCGUGCCCUGAUGACCCAAAAUUGUACCUGGAGGAAGCUGUGUUGGAGCGCAAGUUGCCUGAUAUUGACCUGCGAGUGCUGGUAGAUCUGCCAGCUGGCUUGGAUUACAAUGAGUGGCUAGCAUCACACACAAUUGCGUUUUUUGAUCAUAUCAACCUAGUAUAUGGAACCAUCUCUGAAUUCUGCACCAUGUCAGGAUGCCCAGAUAUGACAGGUCCUGGACUAAGGACCUACCUGUGGUUUGAUGACAAGGGCAAGAAGACCCGGGUGGCUGCCCCUCAGUACAUAGAUUAUGUGAUGACAUUCACACAGAAGACCAUCAGUGAUGAGUCCAUCUUCCCUACGAAGUAUGCAAAUGAGUUCCCAAGUUCGUUCGAGUCUAUUGUUUGCAAGAUCCUGCGCCUCCUGUUCCAUGUGUUGGCACACCUGUAUCACUGCCACUUCCGGGAAGUGGUAUUGCUGAAUCUGCAUGCACACCUGAACUGUGUGUUUGCACAUCUGACACUAUUUAAUCAUCGAUUCCAGCUGAUAGAGCUGAAGGAAACUGAAAUCUUACAAGAUCUGGUGCUUGCGUUGAAAGUGCAUUCAGAUGGUUUGGACUCUAGUUGCGAUGAAGAUAAGAAGUGUGGUGGUUCGGACAGUGAUGCUGCAGCCUCAGUGGAGGGCUCACAACCUCCCGCUAACACACCAUGCAACGUCGAGGACAGAAAUUCCUCAAAACCUGAUCUCAUAUUAAUGUCAACUGCUGUGGUCGACAUAUCGAAUGAAGAGAAGGAUGUGAGAAGUUGUGAGAUGAGAGAAUUUUGUUAGGAUGGUGUUGGCAUUGCCCACUAGUGAGAGAAUGGAGCUUGUUGUUAAAGUUGUUGUUUGUAAGGCAAGAAGUAAGCAUUUUCCAUGCUUAGACAUAACAGUUCAAAGCUUUAAAUGGCAGUGGGGCUUGGCAGUGUAUCUGGCUCUAGUCAGUUGCCAUCAGUACACAUGCUUUACUAGCGUCAGUGUGUACCAGACAGCCAAGGUACAGUAUGCACACGUGCACAAGUAAAUUCAUAUGUUCAGCAUCCAGUAAUGUUGGCAGAUAAAGCGCUAUAUGUUAAUGGACAUGUGAUAUAAACAGAUAAGUCCAUGAAAUAUAUGCUGCAGGAUUUAGAUUUGAAAUUUCAUUACCAGAAACAUAGAGAAGUGAGGACUCUGUAUACUGAUGAGACACUUGUGUUCUUUCUUAUUUGAAACCUCUGUGUAUUUAAAAUACAAUUUGAAUUUUGUAUAUCCAAAUUAUUCAUAACAUUUUAUUAAGUUAUCAGUGUAAGAUUUCAGCCUUGGGAAAACUCAAUAUAAUGUGGACAUCAGUAGGAUUUGGGAGAUAGUUAGAAUAUGAAUAUACAGGCAAAAAGAAUCUGAGUUAUAUCAAGUUAAUGCCACACAACCUGUUGUUUGACAAAGUGUGCUCAGAAUUAUCAGAUAAAAGGAAGUACGUGUAGGUUACAUUGCAAUGUUGCAGGAUCCACAUCACAUGAAUGGCAGCAAUCUGAACACUGUAAGAUGUGAAACAGCACUUUCGUGAACAUCAGGGAAUAUAUGAAAAAUAAAAUAAUUAUGCUUGAAAGGCAUUGAGCAAGUGGGCAUAAUUUUAAUGCUCUAGACAUGUAUUUGUGAGGUGCUCAGUUUGAAUCUCAGCUGGGACACCAGCUAUCCUGACUGGAAUUUGUCAUGUCUCUGCUUAGUCCAGCCAUAGUACUUGAAGUAGGCAUGAUCACUUCUUUCCACGUCCUUUCCAAUUUAUCAAUGAUCCCAUGCCAUUUGACACCGUAUAGUCAAGAUAUUCAUGAUGUCAUAAAGUAACACACCCCACAGUAAGAACAAAAAUAUUGAGGAUUUUUUAGAAGCAUAAAUGAGGUGAAUGAGAUGGUUACUAAUCUAUAAUUUAUAUGACAUUAGAAGGUUCUCACCUAGUAUUUUCCUACUGGAUAUAUAGACCCAGGUUUUCUUGACCUUGGCACUAGU